CGGGUCCUGGAUAUGAAAUCUUUACAGCUUUCAUUCGUUGGGUGACCGUACUACGUAUUGACGCAUACUGGUUCACGUACGGUAACGACAAUUUCGCCACCCACUCAUAUUGCUUUGUCGUCGUCAUUAUCAUCGAUCGUGUCCAGCUGCCGUCGAAGCUCGCGAUAUGUUCCGCUACCUCAAGAAGAGUCUGAUGACCUUUUUUAAAAUCUUAAAAAUAUGGAUUACUAGAGAUUCUGCCAAUAAUAGCGAUUGGUCCGUUGAGUUGCCAUUCAAUUUAUCAGAAGACUCGGCCAGUAACUUGUUGGUUGAUUCUCUCAUGAAUUUGCAAGAUGAUUCAUCUGGUGAAUUACCACCUAACCGGGUGGUCAAGAAAUUGAAGAGGGAAUAUAUAGAAGUGCUGAACCAUAUCAUCAACAUAAAAGUGAGUGACCUGAUUAAUCGCAUGGACGAUAAAGUAAAUCGUGUCCCUUUGAAUACAAUUGUAAAAUGUGCAAGAUCAAUAUUUCCACGCAUAGAGAUCAAUGGGAGCAGUUUGUUAUCGUGGUUUAUAAAUACAAUGGACUUUGAUACAGAUGAAGCAUUGUACAUGACAAAUCUAUUGUCGUCACAUAUUAUCAUGUUCACAAUUCUUAAUCAUUAUCUGACUGUGUUGAAUGUCGGUUGCUUUUAUCGUAAUCUAUCUUCAAGUUCACAAAUUACUUAUAAAGCUUGCUUGAAUGAUUAUGAUUAUGCUGUAUACCUGUGUAAAAAAGAAAUCGAAGAAAACAUUCAUGGAGAUUUGUUGAACUUUUAAGUGAAAAAAAGCGCAAGAGCUAAAGUAGAUGUAAAUAAAUGGGAAUUUGAGUUUCUACCAUCCGAUUCUGAAUUGCGCACAUCUCAUAAUACAAUAAUUCCUGCAGUUACUGAACAGUUGUAAAAACAAGAAAUUACAAGAAUUUUAACCACAACUACUCCUAAAUCAGAUAUUCAGUAUAUUAUACCGAACAAAUCUUAUCUUAAUUAAAUCUACUUUAUAUGUUCUAAAAUAAAAUUACUCCUACCAUGAUAAUAAAUUGUUAAUUUCAAUAAUUUAAGAUUAUUAAUACCCACGACCUGAUACUUCUUUAUUGUUUUGGUAUAUGUUGUAGAAUUCACGCUAUCUUUAUUAUGUUGAUAUAAAAUAGAAUAACUUAAAUCAGUCUUUGACAGAAAAAAAAAUGAGGAUUUUUAUUUAAUCAGUAUAAGAAUAUAUCAUUUGAUUUUUACAUCACCAAUAUUCAAAAUAAUAUUGAAGUUAUAGAUUGUAAGCAAAUUAGUGGAUAAUUUUUUUUAGGAUAUAAAAUUAUUAUAAUGUAUAAUAUU